UUUGAGCGGAGUGAGGAUACACAGAGUGGCCAGAGGGAGAGAUAGAGAAGAGCAGGCCAGUGUCCCUCCCGCUUUAUCCAUUAACCAGUUUCGAGGGAGAGGGGAGUGAAUCAAAUUAGGCUGUUCAGGAAGAUUCUAGGUCAGUAGUGAGAGGGAGAAAGGGAAAGGGAAAGAGAUAUAGUAAAAAACAAACAAAAGCUUUCAUAGCAAAAGGCUCCAGCCAGUCAGGCUUAAGUGGGAAAAUCCAAAGUGAGAGAGCAGGAUGGCGUGAGAGGAUAAAUGAGGCACUUUUUUGGAAAGUACAAAAGGAACUCAAAAGGAAGGAAUGUGUAAAGGGAUGUCAGCAAGAAGACUAAAUAUCAAGCCGUGAAGCAGACACAGCAACGUGCUCUGUGUCAAAGACCUCAAGAAACCACAGAGGAGGGAACUUUGCCUUUCACAGACUGACACAGAAACCCGUCUGCAGAGUGAUUGCCGUCAACAAGAGAAAUGGAGAAGUGUCCAUUCUUAGAAAGAUAAAAAGGAUGUCACUGCCAGUUUUGCUGUUGCUAUCACUCUUGACUGUCCAAUGUGGUGGAUGUGACUUUGACUGUGAAGGUGUGAAAAACAUUAAAGCGACAAUCGACUCCAAUCCGACUGGAUUUCGGACAGUAUUUCCUAAAGAUUACUAUGUAGUGCACCACUACACAAAAAGCAUGCUCUGUGAAACUGAUCCGUGUUGUGUCUUCCCUGCUGCAAUAGUGCUUCUGGAUUCCUGGCAUGUGCUUCUCAGAAACCUCUGGGAUGAGCACCUAAACCACUCCCUAAUCCUCGAUCUCAAACAGACACUGGAUAAAAUUAUAAAGAAGAACAAAAACACAGAGAGGUUCCAGGAGGAGACGGACCUGGCCCAAUUCUCCACAUUAUCUUCCUCUCCUGAAGAACUCCUCAAGCUCACGUCAGAACUUUUUGCUCGAUGGCUCGACGUUGGGGCCCUACCUUCUAUUGAAACUUGCACCCUGCCCACUUUGCCCCCCUCUGUGGAGAGGAAGGACUACGGUCCCUCGAGGGCCAGACUCUUGACUACAAGAGCUAUCGGCAGCGCGGAGGAAGGACAGCCUGACAAGAUGAUAGACAUUACACAGCACCUGUCCAACAGUGGCCCUCCAUCCCUAUCCUAUUACGCUUCUCUCUGGAGCCCCUUGCUAUUCAGACUCUAUUGGUGGCUGUUGCCAUAGUUGCUAAAAAAGGAUCUUUUUGAUGAUGCACACAAAAUGCAAGACAUUUCCUGGCACUGAAUGUUUGUUUUCUUAUAUUUGUGUCUCUGCUUUGUUAAUAUGAAGUUACAUGCACAGGUUGCAUUUAAUGCCAAAAGCUAGUUCACAUAGCUAAGCUCACUGUCCAACAGUGUUCUGUAACAACUGAUAUCACACAUAUUAACGUAUAGCCAUCCUCUCUAGAGCAAGCCACGAGCUCCAGCUAGCUAUGCUCUUUAUGCUAACCAGAGAUAAAUGCUGAGCAAGCCAAUGCACAUAAGCCAUCGUCUGUUGAUGUGGAAUUCAUCACUGUUUACAGAAUACGAAUGUUAUGUAAAUGUAAGAUAUUACAGUUUAAGGGCGUUUACUUUUGUACAUAAUUCUAAAUUAAAGACAUUUAGAUAUAUACAUUGUUAGUUUUUGGUUUAACUUACUAUAAUAUAAUUAAGAUAAUAACAUAAUAUAAUAAUAUCCUAAGAGUUGUAAGCUAUAUUUAUUGUGGUCUUUGCUGUUUGUCAUCUGUAAUAGAAAGUAGCCUACAUUUAAUCAAGUACUGUACUUAAGUACAGUUUUUGAGGUAUACUUGUACAUACUUUAUGUAGUAUUUUCACUUUCUAUACUUUCUUUCAACUGGAAAUAUUGUAAUUUGUACCCCACUACAUUUAUCUGAAAGCUGGAGUUACUGGUUACUUUACAGAUAUGAUACAUUUAAAAUACUGUUAAAAUUGGCUUGCUUAGUGGAUCAACAAUACUAACCUAAAAUAAUUAUUAUAACAAUCACAGGGACUAUUUUUCUGCAUUAAGUACUUUUACUUUUGAUACUUUCAGUACAUUUUUCUAACAAUACUUGCAUAGUUAUACUUCAGUAUAAUUUUAAAUGCAGAACUUUUACUUGUAAGAGUAGAUUGUGGGAUUGCUACUUUUGCUUCUGUAAAAGAUCUGAGUAUGUCUACUAUUAUUUGUCAGUAAGAAUACUUACAUAUUUGUAUUUUGACUGUUUAGGUAAAAGAGAUAACAACAUCAGGACACAGAGUUUGUGUUGGAGUCCACAUUCAUGUGAUCUCAACCAUUGCUAUCGGCUCUUUUGAAGAGUCAGUCCUAAUGUACAAACAUUUUUUUUAUCGGUUGUAAAAAUUGAAAGAUGAGUUGUACAUGAGAGAGGAAUGCACUCUGGAUGAAACAAGGCUCCUGAGAGGUUCUGACUUCUGUCAAGAAACAAGAGUGCACCAUUCGGUGCUCGCACUUGCCCCUGCUUGUACACACCCACGCCUGUAAUAUGCACCAUUGUCCUCAAAGGAUCUUCCUUGUUUUUUUAUAAUCCUUAAAAUACAGAAGAAUUUAGCCUGG